AUGACAAGCCUGGAUCGCAAGGAUGAUGAUUCGGUAGAAGAUGUCCUCCUCCAAGAGGGACUUUACCCGACUAUCGCCAAACAUGUAGUACAGUGCGAUUCUUUGUUCCGCAAAUACAUGGACCUGCCAGAAUUCGUACCAGAUCCUGCUAUCAUGGAUGACCAGCUGGCGCGCUUUACACUGUGGGCUUCAAAUAUGGACGUCUACGGACCGCUCAAUGUUUCGUUGGACUACAGGCUCCGAUUCAGUCCCACAGCUGUAGAGAUCAUACACCAGCUCUUGGAUGUCAUUUGUGACACUUUGACAUCCUUGAAGCCAACUAACGAGCCGCCAAAAUCUCGAAGCAGGAAAAGACAGCGCAUAUCACAAUACAGCAAUUCGGAAGUCAAAAGGAGGGAAGAAGAUGAUGAAAGCGAAUCGGACAGUUGCGAAGAUCAAGUAGAAGUAAAUACAUUCAAAAUCACCAAUACCAUCGGCGGAACAGUAUCACGGCUAUUUCGCCUAUCCAAUGCCGCUCGAAAGGCGGCAAAAGCUGACUAG